AUGGCGCUUACCGUCCCUAAAGUUCUGCUCAUCUUGCUGUCCCUGGCCGGCUUCUGGACGCUUUGGGGCUUUCCAUAUCAAAAUGGACUUCUCAAGAUCUUGGGCCAGCAAUCAGAGCCCGGCGCCGUUAUCCCUGGUCCAACUUCAGCUCCUAUGAAGCAGACGUACACUGGCAUUGGACCGGUCGAUAAGCAACUGACGGUCUUGGUCAGCUUCUUUUACACCGCUAUUGAUGGCAACCGAGCAGAUGUGUCUCUGUCCUUCCUCUACCUGGGAGGUCAGGUCCUCGCCUCUUGGGUCUUGAUCAUGGUGGAGGGUCUCAGACGUGGUAAUAAAGACAAAUUCCUGCUCACCGCGACUACAUUGCUUGGCGUUGGAGUUGCUAUUGUGGGCUACGCUUGCGUCGCACCCUUGUGGUUUGCUCUGCACCUGUGGACAUCACCUACAGUAGUGAACCCCAAGGACUAUGACCUUGAUGUCAACACGCCAAUCCAAGUCGCCAUUGCACCCAUCAGCAUCCUCGUCGGGUUCGGGCUUCCAUCCCUGCUGAUGUGCCUUCCAGCCCCAACUGUGGUUUCAUUUGAGACGAAACAGACAUGGACGGGUAUUCAGCAGGGCUGGUCGAUCUGGAUCGGGUUAACACAACUUAUCCUGACCACUCUGGCUCUUAGAUUCGAUCAACGGGCCUCCAUCUUGACCGAAAACGAUAAGCGAUUGAAGAGUGCCCGAUAUCUCCGACUGGCAUACGCGUUUGCGAUCAUGUCGUCGGCCGGAUCCCACCUAGCGGCGCUGAGCUUGUCUACGCUGGCCUACCUCUUUCCCGUCCUGUUCAGCUCCACCUACCUCCCUCAACUUCAACCUGCCAGAAUCUUUGUUCCUGUCGUGCCAUUUGGACAGCCGCAGGUCAGGGUCUUGGCUGAUGGAGCUUUAUGGUUCCUUCAGUGGGACAUUGUCGUUGGGGUCUCCGCCUCGCUUCUGUGGGCAUUGACAGUGCGAGAUGCGAGCAAACACAGGAAGACCAAUAUUGGUCAGACCCUGCUCGGAGUCGUCAAAGCCUUGCUGAUGGCGGGCUUGUUCGGUCCGUGUGGCGCUGCUGCCAUCGCCAUCUGGACUCGUGAUGAACUAGUUUUGGGGCGAUCGAAUGAUGAGGGGAAGAAAGACAAGAGCACCUGA